CGUGGAAUACGUAUGUGGGAAGAAGCCACAUGUCUAAGGUUUCAGGAAAAUGUACAAGCAAGAGAUGUGAUCAGGUAUGUACUUGAACGAGGUGAUAGCUGUUUCACGGAAUUUAUUGGACGAAAUGGCGGAUAUCAGGAUAUUAUCAUAGGAAGUGAAUGCGCUGAAGAAUACGUUGUGGCGCACGAGACCGGACAUGCAUUGGGCUUUUGGCAUACCCAUCAACGCCCUGAUCGGGAUCAGUACAUCUCAAUCAACUGGAAAAACGUAAUGGAUGAAGCUACGGCAUCUUUCAUGCCAUUCCGGAGUAUGCUUCAAGCAUUUGGCAUUAGACAAAUAUCACCCCGACGUAUACCUUAUGAUUACGGGUCACUGAUGCAUUAUCAUGCUGUAGCGCAUGCAAUUCGUGUAUCGGAUUUUACUAUUGUUCCCAAAGAAUUGAAAUAUGUAACGACGAUGGGUACCGAAAAAAUGGCUUUUUUGGAUGCCAAAGUGAUCAAUGAUAUCUAUUGCCUAAAUGCCUGUGCAGGUCAAGGCCCGCGAAAUUGUUUAGCAGGAGGCUAUCCAGAUCCGAAUAACUGCAAUCGGUGUCGAUGUCCAGAAGGUCUUGGUGGUUACGAUUGCAGUAUACUACAGCCAUCGAUAUGUGGCACUGAAUUACACGCAACAGAUAAAUGGCAAAUAUUAACCAGUCCAAAGGGUGGAAAUAUCGAUUGCUAUUGGAGGAUAUCGGUUCCGGUUGGAAGUCGAAUACGUUUUCGUCUUAGUGACGGAGAAUUUCCAUGCUCAUACGGGUGCCAGUCAUACGUAGAAAUUAAGCAUAAACUUGACGUUAGGUUGACUGGUUUUCGAAGUUGUUGUUAUCGACCAAAGGAAGAUUCGGUGUCGGAGGGCAAUCAAAUUUUCGUUAUCUAUCAUCCAAAUGGGAAGGUAGCACGAUUCACUCUUCGAUACAUCAGACAACAGUUCUAAUGAAUCCAUAUUAGCUUAAAUAAUGAUACCGGAUUAGUUUACUUGUAGAUUCAGGCAUGAAGGAUGUGAUUAAAAGUGAUUGGAAUUGUUCAUUAGGGAAUGUCCUUUAAUUAAGAUGUGUA